GUGGAGCCUCCCCUGGGCUGUUCCGGAUGAGACGCCUCCCUCCCUCCGCCCCUCUGAUCCUCUUAUCAGCGAGUAAGCGGCCAAGAUGGAUGUUGUAAACCAGUUGGUGGCCCAAGGGCAGUUCACGGUAAUCAAACAACCGUUGGGAUUUAUCAAAGUUCUACAGUGGAUCUUUGCGAUCUUCGCCUUCUCGACAUGUGGCAGUUACUCUGGCAUGUUCAAGAUGAGCGUGGAGUGUAAAAACCGGUCGGAGAGUGAUCUAGGCAUAGAAGUAGAAUUUGAAUAUCCGUUCAGGCUCCAUCAGGUUUACUUUGAUGCUCCCACCUGUAAGGGAGGGAAUCCCGAGCGUCUAUUCCUGGUCGGGGACUACUCCUCCUCAGCUGAGUUCUUUGUCACCAUCGGUGUCUUCUCCUUCCUCUACUCUAUGGCAGCCCUCUCUGUAUACUGUUUCAUACUGGAGAAGUACCGUGAAAACUGCAAGGGACCCCAGAUUGACUUUGUUGUGACGGCGGUAUUUGCCUUUAUGUGGCUGGUGUCCUCAUGUGCUUGGGCUAAAGGCCUGUCAGAUGUGAAAACAGCCACCGAUCCAGAGAGGGUCAUCACUCUCAUCUCGGCCUGUGACGAACCAGAUAAUCGUUGCCGUGAAGUCUACGACCCCAAGGUCUCCGGCCUCAACACCUCUGUGGCUUUUGGCUUCUGCAACCUGAUCCUGUGGAUAGGAAACCUGUGGUUUGUGUUCAAGGAGACCGGCUGGUUGGCCGCCUUCUCUGGCACAUACGUCCCGUCACAGGAAAAGCAGCCCGCUCCCGAUUCCUUCGCCCAGGGAGGCUACGCUCAGCAGGAUCCCUACGCCGGCUCCCAGGGAGGAUACCAGCCCGAGUACGGCCAGCAGGGAGGCUACAGUGAGGAGGGAGGAUACAGCCAGGGCUAUGAGCAGCAGCCCACCUCCUACUCUAAUCAAAUGUGAGCCCGUUCAGCCAAACUACAGCUGCAGGAUGGGUGACCUUGUGAUUUCGGAGUGUGGCUCUCGACCACCACCUGCAUUUCCACACUCCUCUGUUUGUCUGUUUGUGUAUCUGUGAGUUGACAGGCGGAGGGAGGGAGGCAUGGAGGGCAGAAACUGGUGGGGCCUUGGGAGGGGAGACACCACUGGGUGGGUCGGGGGGUAGUAAUGGGUCCUUUUCUGUAACAUGAUGUUUAUUCUCGUGAUGUAUUUAACUGUCGAAGACAACAGAGGAUUGUCUGUUUGGUUAUACGAGAAAAACUUGAAUACAAAUACCAAAACAUUCGUUGACGAACAUUUAAGAGAAAUCUUGUAACGGAAAAGACUUACAUUUAUGGGGGGGAAAAAAAUUGUAGUAAUAUUAACUUGGGAGAAUGUAUUUGUCUGUGCUGUGUAAAUAUCAACAUGUUGAUAUAUAUGAUUAUAUGUACACAGUUGAAUAAUUGUGCACUCCAUAUAAGUUGUUAUACAACAAAUGUUGAGCACAGAGUUAUUCAAUUGCAUUUACUUUGGUUCUGUUUAGGAGCUCACAUAGUUUAGCCUUUGCCCCUCAAAUCCCCUUAAACAAUCAUGAUGUUUUCAUUUAUUCAUCUCAGAAUCUAUGAACAUCUUUUUCUAUGUUUUUUUCAUUUGAUCAGCAUCAUUGGAAUGAAAUGUGGCGAAGGGUGCUGAAAAUACGGCAAAAAGAACAACAGAUUAUUAAUAAAAGAAGUGAGCAGAGUGAUUAAUAGUAAUAACAGUGAAUAGAUGAUAGCAGUAGGUCGUUUUAUUUAUGUUUUUAUAUAUAUUUUUCCAUCAAAUAUCACUGUCAAGCGAGGAUGAACUCUUGUGAUACACAGAACAUUUUAAAUCCUGACAUAUAAGAUCAAAAGUUGCAUUAGGGUUAAGUAAAAAAAAAACUUAGUGAGCAUGGUAGCAUCUCAUAUUUGCUGUGCCGUCUCAGAAACUGCUAUAGUGUGCUAUCAGUAUGAAAAUCGUGAACAAUCGGGGGGGCAGUGAACAACAGACUUAGCGACGUGUGUGUGUUUGUUUAUUCGUUUGGAUUUAUGUGAUGGCAUCGAACUAAUUUUGUGAAUGAACCCUCGUCCUGUUUUGAUCGCCUGUUACGUGGUCCGGAAAGUUGUAAGACAGAGUCAUAUAGUUUUUUAACCGGUGUUUCUAUCACGCUGUAAUCAGUGACGUACGCGUUAACAUGAGAACAAAGUAUAUUAACGACCUUGGUUAUGCCAUAGUGAACACAUAUUGUUAUGAGGCAGUCUGAACAAUACGUCUCCAUAUAUACUUCUCCUGCAUCCUCAAUCCUUCUUUGUCUCUUCUCUCUCUCUGAAGGCGAACUUAACUGCAUGCAUCCUUAUAUCCUAAAGCAUCCCUGAACAUAUUUGAGAGGCUUAAAGCUGCAGGAAAGUUAGACUACACAGUAAUACCGUGGUAUGUUUGUUCCAUCGUAGUGGUUACUGCACAGCACAUACAGCAGCUCUACUAUAUUCUACUCAAAGCACAAAGUACGUGCUGCAAUAAUUACUUCUCUUCAGAUAUAAAUGCCUGUCCUACUGCCAGUCCUGUUUGGAUAUACAAGAUCGUGUUUGCCAAAUGGUAAGAGAUGUGUCUUGAUUGGUAGUUUUGCUUCCACAGUCCUCAUCAGGAUGAACUGUUGUCCAUCUCUAGUAUAUAUCGAUCCAUCGCACAGCCUUGGAUUCACUCUUUUUGUUUUUUAAAAUCAGGUUUUAUUUUGAUUCAGGCGGUGUAGAAGCACCUGGCUUUCUCUCUUCCUCUAGUUCCCCCCACCUCUGUUUAUUUUUCUCUCUCUCUGUCUUUCUCUCUCUUUCACUGUAGCUCUUAUAAAUAUGCUGAAAUGAAAUAUAUACUCUGUUGUUAGUGGUGAAUGAUGUCUUGUGAUACUCUCUCUACGCCUUUGGAUAGUGCUGUGUUUAUUGUGUAUGAUGUAUUCAUAUUAGUAUUUACGAUAAUGAUAAGUCAGAGAACAAAAAAAAAUUAUCCAAGACUCUCCAGAAUUCUACUGUAUUCUUAUUAUAUGGGAUCCAUGUGAAACAAAAUGAAAUAAAAUUGAAAUUAUUCUGUUGAAGGUUAAAAUGUGUACUUCUGUUCACAGG